CCUCUGCACUUCCUGCUCUCCCGCUGUGAGUGACAGGCGGAAGGAAAACAAGAUGCGGUAAUAAGUUCAGAGACGAGCUGUGAUCGGUGACAGACAGCGUCAUUAACGCCCCUGCUCUGUCUCACUGACCCUUCUUUAAAUGCCAUUUGUUGGUAGCGGAGGUGUGCGGCAGUGAUCAGCGUCAGCAUGCAGUUCUCUCCCACCAACGGAGACUUCACGUUCGUCUCCUCCACGGAGGCUGAAGAGCUCAGCGGCACCAUCAGCGCUCCGGACAUUAAACUAAACAUGGGCACUGACAGUGUUAAAGACCCGUAUGCCACCACCUUCCUGAGGCAGCGAGGCUACGGCUGGCUGCUGGAGGUGGAGGAGGAUGACACUGAAGAAAGCAAACCUCUUCUGGAGGAGCUGGACAUUGACCUCAAGGACAUCUACUACAAGAUUCGAUGUGUGUUGAUGCCAAUGCCAUCGCUGGGUUACAAUCGGCAGGUGGUGAGAGACAACCCGGACUUCUGGGGCCCUCUAGCCGUGGUGCUGCUUUUCUCCAUGAUCUCCAUCUAUGGACAGUUCAGGGUUGUGUCUUGGAUCAUCACCAUCUGGAUAUUUGGAUCACUAACGAUCUUUCUGCUGGCUCGUGUUCUCGGCGGUGAGGUUUCCUUCGGCCAGGUUCUUGGAGUGAUUGGAUACUCCCUUCUUCCUCUCAUCGUUAUAGCCCCUCUGCUCUUGGUGAUUGGAGGGUUCGAGGUGGUUUCUACAAUAACCAAACUGGGCGGAGUCUUCUGGGCUGCUUACAGUGCUGCUUCGCUGCUCGUCGGAGAUGAACUUAAAACGAAGAAGCCCCUUCUCAUAUAUCCCAUUUUACUUUUGUAUAUCUACUUCCUGUCACUAUAUACUGGUGUGUAACUGAAUCAGCUGAAACUGUGGACCUUUUCAUGGACAGUGACUCUGGGGCAUGGGAAAAAGGCAAACUAUGAAACCAGGAUUUUUUAAAAAAGGUGUUUAUUUCUUUUUUUUAACUCAUGUUCAAGUUCAUGACAGUGGGGAUGUCGGGAAUAUAUAUCAUUGUAUAUAGUUUUGUCCCUUAUGCCUUUGGUCAAUAAAAAAGUGCAGAUGGUUUUACAGCUUAAAAUUCUGUAUGCAGACUUGUUCACAAGUGGAAUACUGUACAACUCCCAUAGUCCUGAAGUUGAACAGGAAAUAAUCAUAGGAUUGUUUUUUUUUUGUUUUGUACUCUUUAUCCAAUUGAACAAUGUGGUGCCAAAUAUUUGUGUGUGUAUAUGAUUAAGAGAACACACAGAAAGAAAGAGAUUGAGCAUAACUCUAUUGUUCCUCAUUGUUAUAUACUGAAUGUACUGAGUGUCCAUUUCUGCUUUUCAUUUUCACACACUUGUUUUCUUAAUUUAUGGGUUUCGGCAGCAGGAGCAGGUUGACUGGGGCAGUUAGAGUGAUAUAAAAUCAAUGUCUACUAAAUGUAGUGCCUUGUUUUCACACUUCCUGUGUUCUGUCUGUCAACAGUUUAAUGCAGGAAUGUAAUCAUUUGAUCAAUAAUCACAGUAAAUUAAUAGUUAUUUGUCACUGGUA